UAAACAAUGAGAUGAAGUAAUGGAUUAUUUUAGUUAAAAUGGCAUAAUUGUGAAGCCUCUGGUACUGAGUAUUGGGUGAGAUGAUCUGUUUAAGGUUCUUCCUAUUCGGAGUUGGAGUAGCCCUCUCCCCUUUGAGGGGUGAUAUUUCCCUUUACCUGUUCUCCAGAUUGCUGUCCUAUUUAAAUGAAGGUUCUUCUAGUUAAAUGGUGUUAACAGUUAUAGAAGUCACUCGGGUGUCACCUUUGGUAAAGUGAACUCAGCUUAAGAUUAAGAAACUGGUUUCAAACUGACCCUUUGGCCUCUGGAGCAAAUUCAAAUGUAACUCUCUCCCAUCCCCCUUCUCUUCCAGAUUAAUUAAAAGAAGAAUGAAUAGCAGUCCUUGAAGAUAACUGGGCAAUUUUUUAAAAAUCAUCUUUUAUUGUAGACGUUCAAGUGGAGUCAGAGGCUCUUCUUACUGGUGUGAGGAUUUAUACAAGUCUUCAGUUUGUCAGCAUAGACUAACAUCAUCAUUUUUAGAGAAGACAUUCCCCCCCCCCUUUUUUGGUGUCUUGGUGCCAAAAAUUAAAUUUGGGGGCAUCAUUUUGACUUGUGUUUGUGUCUAGAUUUUAUAACACAAGUAAUUUAAUAAAAUUUUGACUUGUUUUGCUUAAAACCAACCAAACCAUUGCAUUGAACCUGGAAAUCUUGAAUUGAGAGAAUUGGCAUCUUUAUUUUAAUACAUAUAUCUGAAGACUUAAAAAAAAAAGCAAAGGCUUUUUCAGAGGGCUCAAAUAAAACAAUGAAUGGGAUGGAUGAUGAUGGCAGCCCUCCAGUGAAAAAAAUGAUGACGGACAUUCAUGCAAAUGGAAAAAUGAUGAUCAACAAGAUGCCAACAGUUAAGAAGGAACACUUGGAUGACUAUGAAGCACCCAUGGAAACGGAUGGAGAGCAUGUCAAACGAACCUGUACCUCGGUGCCUGAACCUUUACAUUUAAAUCCCAGUUUGAAACACACUUUGGCACAAUUCCAUUUAAGUAGUCAGAGCUCUCUGGGUGGACCGGCAGCAUUUUCCGCGCGGUAUUCCCAAGAAAGCAUGUCACCCACUGUAUUUCUGCCUCUUCCGUCUCCUCAGGUUCUUCCUGGCCCACUGCUCAUCCCUUCCGAUAGCUCCACAGAACUCACCCAGACUAUGUUGGAAGGGGAGUCUAUUUCUUGUUUUCAGGUUGGAGGAGAAAAGAGACUCUGUUUGCCCCAAGUCUUAAAUUCUGUUCUCCGAGAAUUUUCACUUCAGCAAAUAAAUACAGUGUGUGACGAAUUGUACAUCUACUGUUCAAGAUGUACUUCAGACCAACUUCAUAUCUUAAAGGUCCUGGGAAUACUUCCAUUCAAUGCCCCCUCCUGCGGGCUGAUUACAUUAACGGACGCACAGAGACUAUGUAACGCUUUAUUGCGACCCCGCACUUUUCCUCAAAAUGGUAGCAUACUUCCUGCUAAAAACUCAUUGGCUCAGUUAAAGGAAACGGGCAGUGCCUUUGAAGUGGAACAUGAAUGCUUGGGCAAAUGUCAGGGUCUAUUUGCACCCCAGUUUUAUGUCCAGCCUGAUGCUCCCUGUAUUCAGUGUCUGGAGUGCUGUGGAAUGUUUGCACCCCAGACAUUUGUGAUGCAUUCUCACAGGUCACCUGACAAAAGGACUUGCCACUGGGGCUUUGAAUCGGCCAAAUGGCAUUGCUAUCUUCAUGUGAACCCAAAAUACUUAGGGACACCUGAAGAAAAGAAACUGAAGAUAGUUUUAGAAGAAAUGAAGGAGAAGUUUAGCAUGAGAAAUGGAAAGAGAACACAAUCGAAGAUAGAUACACCAUCAGGAAUGGAAUUACCGUCAUGGUAUCCUAUUAUAAAGCAGGAAAGUGAUCAUGUUUCUCAGACACAUUCAUUUUUACACCCUAGCUACUACUUAUACAUGUGUGAUAAAGUGGUUGCCCCAAAUGUGUCACUCACUUCUGCUGUAUCCCAGUCUAAAGAGGUCACAAAGACAGAGGCAGGAAAAUCCAUACCAAGACAGCCAGAGAAGCCUUACAGUAGUGGAAGACAUCAAAAAACAGUGUCUUAUCCAGAAGUCUCACUGGAGGAACAGGAGAAAAUGGAUUUAAAAACAAGUAGAGAAUUACGUAGACAUUUAGAUCCAUCAAUCUCAAAUAACUCUGUAAGUAAAAAGAAACCUGAGUCUACCACUUGUAACAUAAUCAGAGACACAAGCAAGGCGGGAAUUGACCAUGAUGCAGCAGCUUCAUCUCCACUUCUUGUCAAAGAUGUCAUUUGUGAAGAUGAUAAAGGAAAGAUCAUGGAAGAAGUAAUGAGAACUUAUGUAAAACAACAGGAAAAAUUGAACUCAAUUUUGCAGAAGAAGCAACAACUUGAGAUGGAAGUUGAAAUGUUGAGUAGUUCAAAAGCAAUGAAGGAACUUACUGAAGAACAGCAGAAUUUACAGAAAGAGCUUGAAUCUUUGCAGAAUGAGCAUGCUCAAAGAAUGGAAGAAUUUUAUGUUGAACAGAAAGACUUAGAGAAAAAAUUAGAGCAGGUAAUGAAGCAAAAAUGUACCUGUGACUCAAAUUUAGAAAAAGACAACGAGGCUGAAUAUGCAGCACAGCUGGCAGAACUAAGACAGAGAUUGGACCAUGCCGAGGCUGACAGGCAAGAGCUCCAAGAUGAACUCAGACAGGAACGGGAGGCAAGACAGAAGUUAGAGAUGAUGAUAAAAGAGCUAAAGCUGCAAAUUUUGAAAUCAAAGACUGCUAAAGUAUAGAAACCUUUAAAGAGAUUCAUCUGUGUGUUCCUGACAGAGUUUAUUUUUGUUUGUUUGCUUUGGUAAUUGAAUUCUGAACUGCUUAUUUGCAUGAAGAUAACUAGGCAUUCUAUCCAUUUGUAGAUCAGAGAAAGUGGAGAGAUUAUAUAUUAGUACAUAAAUUUUUACAUUUCCAAAUGAAUGAAAA